AUGGCUCAUAGAAAAUCCCUAGAAGCACUAAACAGAACACUUCAAGAUUUACGCGACAACACGAAUAUAAUGGGAGGUGUAUUGUUAAUACUAUCAGGCGAUUUCCGUCAAACGCUACCUGUCAUUCCGAAAUCAACGCCGGCAGAUGAAAUUAACGCUUGCCUGAAGAAGUCGUUCAUAUGGGAACAGGUAAAAAUAAUUAAAUUAACAACAAAUAUGAGAGCACAGAUUUCAGGAGAUGAAAAGGCCCAAGAAUUUGCUGAAAAACUUUUACAAAUAGGAGAGGGCACUUAUCCAAUAGACGAAAAUACUGGCCAAAUCACACUAACUAAUGAGUUAUGUAAUGCUGUUGAAACACCGGAACAACUUAUAAAUGAAGUGUAUCCAAGUAUUGCUGAAAAUUAUACUAAUUCAGAAUGGUUACGGGAGCGCAUUAUUCUAGCCACGAAAAACGACAUUGUCAAUAGCAUCAACAACAUCAUCCAGGAAAUGAUUCCGGGAGAAGAGAAAAUCUACAACUCAAUCGAUACAAUGACUGAUGAACAAGAAAGCCGGACUGACACGCGAGCAAAAUCGCUACCGCUCAUGAGCUUGGGCAACCGCAGAUCACGCCACCCCCGUACGUCACCUAUUGUCCGAGCGGCCGGUCUGCGCACGCGCACCCGCGCGCCCUCGCCCCGCUAUACCUAA